UACCACUCUACUGCCUCUGUGAAUGUACUUCAGUCAAUUUUGCAAAAUGCUUAAGCUCUGAAGGUAAGAGAUGCUGCAGUGCUGCCAUCAGCCAGCUCUUCAGCAGCACUUGGAGAGGUGGCACCAGGCUGAGUGCUUCCGGAUGGGAAACAUGGGAAUCACUUCAAAUACAUUGAAAGUGGGGAAACCAAUUGAGCUACGCAGUGUGGUCUCCAGCUGAGCAGGUGCAGAAGGUUAAGGGCCUAAAGUUAAGACUGAGAUCUUCACGCAGGACUCGGUGUGAAAGGACGCAGGGCUGCAGCCCAGCACACGGACCUGCUGCCACUGCACUGCACGAGGAGCCGCGCUUUCUGCCAACCCUGGCACGGGCCCUGUGCAGGGAGCCCACCACAGGAGGAGGCUUGCAGAGGUAGCUUGUGCUCCACCACGGCAGCCCCGUGCCUCCUCCUAGAGAACACAUGGCAGAUUUCGCAGAGGGUGUCACCAUGCUGAGGCUCGUUCACUGGUGGAUGUGGCCUUAGGUCUGCUGGAGCCUUUCACCAAAAUCAAGGGUGGAGAAAGUCACUGGGAUAGAACAGAAGAGGGUGACGAGGACAGGAUAAUCCCAGAGAAGGAGAAGAGUGGUGUCAGUGACGCAAUGAUGGGGACAAGUGACCCCACGGAGUGGUCCCUGUCUCCUGAAGAGGGUGAAAAACACUUGCUGACGCUACAGACAGUGUGUUUAAGGGCUGAGGAAUAUGACAUUGAGGGCAUCUGUCACAUAACUGCCCACCUACAGGAGGAGGUGACGCUGGCAGUGCCGGCUGUGGUGGUGCAGUGCGGGCAGGGUGUGACAGUGAGCGGGCAUGAGGCCAUCUGUGAUCUGUAUGACUUGGGCUUGGUGCAAAUUGACAUGCUGCAAGAAGGGAAGGCAGAGAGUUCAGAGAACAAGUCAAUGGAGGAACCACAUGACAUGCUGCUGAUCGAGGUCCAGCAAUUGGCCCCAUCUGAAGAGGAAGGAGGAAAGGAAGCAGAGGGUCUGAGCUGUAAAGCUAGUGAUGAUUUGUCAGACUCACGUGAUGAAGAUAAAGAGCACGAAUGUGCAUCUCCAUCAGUACAAGCAGUUAUAAGAAAUCCCAAGUAUCUAAUAUCUCAAAUGAGUGCUUCACAUCAGAAAAAAGGAGAAAAAGCAGUCUUCAGCUGUGAUUUGUGCGCGUACACCUCACUCAAGAUAUCAAGUCUGAACCAUCACAGGAAAAUCCAUUCUGAAGAAAAACGUCAUGUGUGUCACAUCUGCCUCAAGGCUUUUCGAACAGCUACUCUCCUGCAUAACCACGUGAAUGUGCAUACAGGGACCAGACCCUAUAAAUGCAGUGACUGUGAUAUGGCAUUCGUGACCAAUGGUGAGCUUGCAAGGCACAGGCGUUACAAGCAUACUUUUGAAAAACCUUUCAAGUGCUCAAUGUGUAAAUAUUCUAGUGUAGAAGCAAGUAAACUGAAGCGACACAUUCGCUCACAUACAGGAGAGCGUCCUUAUGCCUGUUACCUUUGCAGUUAUGCUGGCAAAGAUGCGUAUAAACUGAAAAGACACAUGACAACUCAUUCAGGUGAAAAACCACAUGAAUGUUACAUUUGCCACACCAAAUUUGCUCAGAGUGGUAACAUGAAAGCACAUAUGCUACGGAAGCAUGGAGAAAAUGUGCCAAAAUACCAGUGUCCACACUGUAGUGCCUACAUUGCACGGAAAAGAGAUUUGACUGUCCACUUGCAAAAUCUGCAUUCGCACGUGGCAGUGGCCAUUCCGUGCAGUCACUGUGAAGCUGCUUUUCACAACCGUUAUGCCCUUACUCAGCACAAGAAGACUCACAGAGACGAAAAAAGAUUCAAAUGUGAUCAGUGCAGCUAUGCAUGCAAGCAGGAACAACGCUUAAUUGUACAUAAACGAACUCACAGUGAUGAGAAGUCCUUCACUUGCUCAUGCUGCAGCAAAACCUUUCAACGGAAACAGCUUUUCAGAAUUCACUCUAAGAAGCACUGUGAUUCCACUGUUAAACCUACAGCUUAUGAAUGCCUCAGUGUGGGUGAUGUGCACGAGCAUCCUGAAAACUAUGGAUUGGUGAAGGCAAAAACUGCUACACCCAGAAAAAGAAGCAAGGAUAGAAGGAAAAAAGUUGACCUGGAAUCGUUCCCAGAUGUCUCUACUGCAAAGAGUGAACAUUGCUCCAGUGAGAUCGUUCCUGGUUUAGCUGGAAUAGACACAACAGCCUUGAAAGCAGAAGGCAGACCCACCUUGUGAACUGGCUGUGAUGGGCUGGCAGUGCACUGACUUGGCCUGGGUCGUAGCUGACCAGCAGGAGCACUCCUGCUCUUGUUUUUGUUCUUUUUGCAGCUUCUACUACGGAACCUAAAUAAAAUUGCAGACGUCUGAAAAUUAUAGGGCAGCUUCACCUAUUUUAUUACAUUCACACAACAGAAUGAAGAAAACGAGCUAAUUUUGAAAUAAGUUAUGAAAGAUAGGUUUCUUUCAACUUGAAUGUCAUUUUUCUUCCAGGUUUACAUACAGAAUUCCAGAUUUACCUACUGACCUGAAACAAAUUUGUUCUUUAGUAACUCUAUACAAUUGAGAGCUGUAGGUACUUCAGUCUAUCUGUAUUUUCCUGAGGUGAGAAAAUGAAAGGCAAUGAUAUUUCAGUGCAAAGAACAUUUGCUAAAUCUCCUUUCAGCAAACCCUUUAUAUCAGAUGUUUGUGGCAAUCACUAGAAGGCAGUUUGUGUCAUUUGUGAAAAUUAUUCAUUAGCUUUGUCCUCCUUCCAUUAUAGUGGUUGUUAUUUGAGCGUUUAAUAAUGUUUAACAAUUAUUGUUUUGUGUCUGUUUUCAUAAAGGUUUUCAUUAUUGUCAUAAAUUCCGAGGAACAGAUUUCUUUGUUAAAAUUCAUCUUUGAAGUUUGUCUAAGUUAAAUGAUCAACGUUAUGAAUAUAUUGUUUGCUUGUAUUGUUAAUAACCAGGCUGAACUCUGUCCUGUGCUGGUAUCUGAGCAUCAGACUACGCAAAGUGGAAUGUAAAUGAAAAAAUAA